AGCGAACCUUUACCUGGAACACAUUUCAUCCAUAGAGAAGAAAUACACGAACUAUCUGGCCAAUCUUUUCCUGAAAUCCGAACUCACGGUGCGCGAAGCGAUGCGCUUCAUCCGGACGCGCACACAUCCAUGCAGCGGACAGCGGAGUGGAUCUGACCGCUGAAGGGGGCAUCUCCUCCCGUUACCCAACCAAUGUGAUACCCUCCGGCUCUUCGGGAGAGGUGUUCCUCUGUCGUCUCGAUUAUCUUCACCUUGUUUACUCUCAGCAGCAAUAUUUCUCCUCAUUCGGAGAAUAAUGGAAGCGUUCGCGACGAGAUGCGCACUCUUUCUUGCGCAGAUCGCACUCUUCAGUAAUACAGUGGAUGUAUCAGAAGCAUAUGGAUUCAGAUCGCAGAAGAAGCUCUCGGAGAACAUAGACUGGUCAUACGCGGGAACUCUAAACCAAAAUAACUGGGCAAAGAAAUACCCGUCAUGCAACAAUGCCAAACAAUCACCAAUAAACAUUGUGGAGAGCCUGGCGCAGGUCAAAAUGCAUUUCCAGAAGCUAAGAUUUGAGGGAUGGGCAGAAAAGACAUCAGACUCCACUACAAUAAAAAAUGAUGGGAAAACAGUUGCCAUCGAUGUGGGAGGAGAUUUUUUUGUGAGUGGAGGGGGACUCAGGUCUAAGUUUAAAGUGGGACGUAUCACUUUCCACUGGGGCCUGUGCAACGCCUCCUCUGACGGGUCGGAGCAUGGCCUCAACGAUGAGAAAUUCCCAUUGGAGAUGCAGAUAUACUGUUAUGAGGCAGAUGUUUUCGGUAGCCUCGAUGAGGCCCUCAGAGCAGGAGGAAAGAUCACAGCAUUAGCCGUGCUGUUUGAUAUAAAUACCGUGGAUAAUGAAAACUACAUGGCGAUCAUUGACGCAGUCAACAGCGUCAGCCGUUAUGGAAAGAGUGGCCCCGUAUCUCCGUUCACCCUGCAGGGUGUCCUACCCAACUCCACAGAGAAGUACUUCAUCUAUAACGGCUCUCUGACCACCCCACCCUGCUCUGAGACCGUGGAGUGGAUUGUCUUCAAAAACAGGGUGACCAUCUCAGAUGUUCAGUUGGAGAUGUUCUGUGAAGUGAUGACCAUGCAGCAGGCUGGAUAUGUCAUGCUUAUGGACUACCUGCAAAAUAACUACAGAGAGCAGCAGGAGCAAUUUAUGGGACAAGUCUUCUCAUCCUACACUGGCGUCGAGGAGGUCCACACUCCUAUUUGUAGUUCUGAGCCAGAGAAUGUGCAAGCAAACCCUCAUAAUCACACCAGUAUGCUUGUGAUCUGGGAGAGACCACGGGCUGUUUAUGACGCGAGCAUAGAGAGAUACUCCGUCACCUACCGGCCGUCCCAGGGCGAUGAUGAAUCGGCCUUAGAGUACUUGACUGAUGGAGACCAGGAUGUGGGGGCGAUCAUUCAAGACCUGUUGGCCAACACUAGUUACAUGGUGCAGGUGGUUGCUGUGUGUACCAACGGUCUGUAUGGCAGAGUGAGUGACCAGCUGACAGUGGACAUGCCCCUGGAUGAUCCUGAAGCAGACAAUGACUCUGACUCGUUUGAGUAUGAUGAAGAGGAAGACUAUCACAUCAAUCCCUUUUUGAUCAGACCUGGCACAAAUCAACUUCCAUAUCCCUUCCAAACCACCACAACUAGCCCAAGAGUUACUACAACACAGCGCCCGGUCCAUCCAGUCUUUAAGACUACACCAAGGACUCAUGAACAAAGAUUCCCAGUAGAAGACUCCCAGAAGACUCAUGAUCAUUAUAUUCCAGUGAUAUCCACAGAUAAACCUACUGUGAAAUACACAGACAAACCAACCAUCCCCACAACCAGAGCCACAAUUCUUGCUAUAGAUGUACAUACCACUAGACCAGAUGGUUCUCACAUUGUAGCAGGUGUAUCCUCAGAGUCCGAUGGCCAAAGCAAUACCUUCACAGAUUCUCCAACAAGCGUAACUCCUGAAACAAGAGUCAUCCCUAAAACAAGAGUCAUCCCUGAAACAAGGGUCAUCCCUGAAACAAGCAUCACCCCUGACACAAGAGUCAUCCCUGAAAUAAGUGUCACCUCUGAAACAAGCAUUGCCCCUGAAACAAAAGUCAUCCCUGAAAUAAGCGUCAUCCCUGAAACAAGAGUCAUCCCUGAAAUAAGUGUCACCUCUGAAACAAGAGUCAUCCCUGAAAUAAGUGUCACCUCUGAAACAAGAGUCAUCCCUGAAAUAAGCGUCACCCCUGAAACAAAAGUCAUCCCUGAAAUAAGCAUCACCUCUGAAACAAGAGUCAUCCCUGAAAUAAGUGUCACCCCUGAAACAAGAGUCAUUCCUGAAAUAAGCAUUGACCCUGAAACAAGAGUCACCCCUGAAAUAAGUGUUAUCCCUGAAACAAGCGUCACCCCCGAAACAAGUAUCACCCCUGAAACAAGCGGUACCCCUGAAACAAGAGUCAUCCCUGAAAUAAGCGUAAUCCCUGAAACAAGCGUUACACCUGAAAUAAGCAGAACCCUUGAAACAAGCGUAACCCUUGAAACAAGCAUAACCCUUAAAACAGAUGUAAUAUCACCUUCGAUAGACAUUUCAGAGGUUGAGGAAGUGACUCAACCUAUAACUGACUCACACAGCUAUGGGAAGAGUCCAGUGACUGUAGCCCCAUUGUUUGAAAUCCCAAUGGAAUCAACUUCCUCUACCUUCCCCCCAGAGGUCCCUCUGUGGCCUACAACUGCUAGCUUGCCUUUUCCAACCACUGCCGCUUUCAGCACUGUUCUGUUGCAGACCACCCAGCCGGUGUUUAAUGGUGAGAGUGCCUCGUAUGUCCCCUCUGUAUCUGACACUUUGUCCUACGUGCAUGCAAGUCCUGUGUCCCCCUAUUCCUUAAGCAGUGUGUUGUCUGAGCCUAUCCCUGACUGGGACAUCCCGUACACUGUUUCCAUGCAGGUGUAUGGUGGUGCACAGUCUAUCACCCCUUCCCCUUCCUACCCUACCCUGCUCCUCACUGGCUCUGUGUCUUUUUUAGACAUGGAGCCUGUCUCUAGUGGUGGUUGUAAUGAUGAUGAUGGUGAUGAUGAUAAUUUAUCUGGGUCCAUCUCGGCUGACCCUCAGUGUAGAAGUACUCUUCCCCUUCCAACAUUACCAAAAGUUGCUGCUUCAGUGGUCUCCAUACAGUCAAGCUCUGAACAUGACCUCUCCGAGUCUCCCAGUAUUGUCUCCACGCUGAGCACUCUUGCGUAUCUCCAGCCUUCAGUUCCUGUCUCUCUGAUGACCACAAACCUUGACUCUGAUGCUUCUCCCUCAGGUAGUGUUGGAGACUCUAGACUGCUGACGGAGUGGGUAGAUUAUUCUCUAGUAGCUCCUACAUAUAGUCAAGACAGUGGUGCAUCUACUGAAAUCUCUCUGCAUGCCUCUUCUAACUUCCUGCUGCCCUCCUCUACUUCGGGAUUGCCCCCUUGUAGUGGUCUCUUGGGUGACCUAUCUAGUCCUGUAGAACAUCAUUUGUUCCUGUCCACCUCCAGUGCCGGUACUCUUCUGUGCAGAGACACAGACUUGGACCUCCACACUGAGGCUCUUUUGUCUACUCCCCCCAUUUCAACCAUGCCUUCUAGUGACCUCAGCAUUUCUAUUUCAGCCAACGUCAGCAGUGUUCCGCAAAGUGCAACUGGACAGUCCCAGGGAGCACCUGCUCCUGUAAGGUCUGCAAGUAUUGCACCAACCUCUACUCCAGAAUUCAUAUUCAUCCCUACUCCUGUGGUACCUCCAACUGUUGCACCAACCUCUCCCCCAGAAUCCAUCUCAGUGGUUGCUCCCGUGGUGCCCCCAACUGUUGCAGUUCUCUCUGUUCCAGAGUUCAGUUCCAUCCCUACACACUCUGCAGAUGGACAGCUGGAAAACAGUGCCUCGGGCUGGGCUCUCGACUUAGAUUGGGGCCAGAGUUCAGCAUCAGGAGAUGAGAGUAUUGUCCCAUACAUCACCACUGCCACUCCUACAGAGGUAGCUCCUGAAGAGAUGGAUGAUGGGAAUGAAGAGCACUCUUCCUCCUUCUACUUCGAGGGUGAGAACGGGACAGAGAGCGAAGCUCCUGACUUCAGAGUCACCCUGCGUCCUAGCCCGUCCUGGACUCUAAGGGGGAGCGGGGAAGAAGAGAGCGGCUCAGGUGAAAACCUCACAGAUAAUGAGACAUCUUCAGACUUCAGUAUUCCAGAGCGCACAGAGAGAGAUUCAGAGGAGGAACCAGUGGAAGACGCUGGUAACAGCAGUCACGAGUCGCGGGUGGGCCUGGCGAGCAGUAUUGAGCGCCAGAAGAAGGCUGUGAUUCCUCUGGCUGUGGUCUCAACCCUCACCUUUUUGGGUCUCAUCGUUUUGAUUGGCAUUUUUAUCUACUGGAGGAAAUGCUUUCAGACUGCUCAUUUCUACAUUGAAGACAGCACAUCACCUAGGGUUAUAUCCUCCUCGCCAUUGCUGAGCCCUACAGGUGAACACGAACCCCAGUCAGUAAAGCAAUUUGUGAAACACGUGGCUGCGCUUCACAACACCAACUCAUUUUCUAGAGAGUUUGAGAUAUUGAAAGAGUAUUUUGAGGAAGUUCAGACAUGCACUGUGGACCUCGGAACAACGACGGACUGUUCCAGCCAUCCGGACAAUAAGAACAAGAACCGAUACGUCAACAUUUUAGCCUAUGAUCACAGCAGAGUGCGACUCGCACCCCUAAAUGACAAAGAUGGGAGAAGCGGUGGGGACUAUAUAAACGCCAACUACGUGGAUGGCUUUAACAAACAGAAAGCCUACAUUGCAGCACAAGGGCCCUUAAAGUCCAGCACAGUGGAUUUCUGGCGGAUGGUGUGGGAGCAGAAUGUGGGAGUGAUUGUUAUGAUCACAAACCUGGUGGAGAAAGGAAGGAGGAAGUGUGACCAGUACUGGCCUCUGGAGAACCAGGAAGAGUAUGGAUGUUUUUUGGUUACUGUGAAGAGCACAAACGUCCUCGCAUACUACACCCAGAGAACCUUCACCAUCAGAAAUACCAGCAUAAAGAAGGGUUCUCAGAGAGCUCGUAGUAACGAGAGAACGGUUAUACAUUACCACUACACACAAUGGCCAGACAUGGGCGUACCAGAGUAUGUCCUUCCUGUGCUUUCGUUCAUCUACAAGUCAUCUAGAGCCCAAACAGAGCACAUGGGAUCAAUGAUAGUACACUGCAGUGCUGGAGUGGGCCGAACAGGGACCUACAUAGUGUUGGACAGCAUGUUAAAACAGAUUAAAGUGCAGGGGACAGUCAACAUUGUGGGCUUCCUCAAACACAUUCGUACACAACGAAACUAUCUAGUUCAAACAGAGGAGCAAUACGUCUUUACCCAUGAUGCUCUAGUAGAGGCCAUUUUGAGUCAAGAGACAGAGGUGCCAACAAGCCAUAUUCACCAGUAUGUUAACAAUCUCCUGACCCCGGGGGCCUCAUGCAAGACACGGCUGGAAAAGCAGUUUAAAUUGGUGUGCCAGUCCAAUGCCAAACAGAAGGAUUACAGCAGUGCCCUGAAUGACUGCAACAGAAUGAAGAACAGAAGCUGCUCUCUGAUUCCUGUGGAGAAGUCCAGAGUGUGUUUGUCCACAUCAGCAGGAGAGACGUCCGACUACAUCAACGCCUCAUAUGUCAUGGGCUAUCGGCAGAGCAAAGAGUUCAUCAUUACCCAGAAUCCUUUGCCCAGCACAGUGAAGGACUUGUGGAGGAUGGUGUGGGAUCACAACUCCCAGGUUAUCAUUUCACUGCUGGACACGAGUAGCACGACAAAAGACAACGAGCCAAUCACAUUCUGGCCUGUGAGAGAUCAGCCAAUCAUCUACGAGACAUUCUCUGUAUCAUUAAGAGGGGAGGGCCACGUGUGCCUCUCCAAUGAAGACAUCUUGAUAGUGCAGGAUUACAUCCUAGAGGCCUCACAGGAUGACUUUGUUCUAGAAGUGAAGCAUUACCGGGCUCCGCGCUGGCCAAACCCAGACAGUCCCAUCAGUAGCGUCUUUGAGCUGAUCAACAUCAUCCAAAAAGAGUUCAGCUCCAAAGAUGGACCCAUGGUUGUACAUGAUGAGCAUGGUGGUGUGACUGCUGGGACGUUCUGUGCGCUGUUCACUCUACUGCAACAGCUUGAGGCCGAGAGCACCGUGAACGUCUACAUGGUGGCCAAGAUGAUCAACCUCAUGAGGCCUGGAGUCUUCACUGACAUUGAUCAGUAUCAGUUCCUGUACAAAGCCAUCCUGAGUUUGGUCAGCACCCAAGAAGACGAGCGAGCGCUUCAGUCCUCCGACAACAACGGCACGGUCCCAGGAGGCGUCUCGAGUGCGGCCGAGAGUCUGGAAUCCUUGGUGUAACCAUAGUGACGAGCCGGCACAGGAAAAAGACUCGUUUUUUUUCUAUCAAAGAAUGCUCUUGUUUUUCCCCAGUCCAUCUCUGAACUGAUGGCGCUCUGCUGGAUGCAGCGCCGUCACUAAAUGUGUGCCUUUGUACACUCCUCCACGUUUUUAUUAAUUGUUUCUCUCUUAAACCGCCACCUUGUGCUAAUGUCUUACGUACUAAUGUCUUCGCAUAGAGUCAUAUUUAUUUGCUUAAAAGCUUGUUUAAAGGGAAAACACCUUUUUUUUUUAUUUUAAUAAGACUGUUUUUUAUUAGUCUAUUUUUUGUAGUAGAAUUUCAGCCACUGUUUUUUCAUACAAAUAUACAAAGAAAGUGGCAAAAUCAGUCAUGGAUAAAUAAUAUUCUAAUGUGUAAAUAAUAUUACAGCGACCACGUCGAUGGACCAAAUUUCUAUUUAUGUCUAGAAUUUUAUAUUUGAGGCACUAGUGCUUUACAAGACAUGGCUGCGUUUCAAUAAUUUUAGUCACCUUUGAAAUGAUGUUUUAAUAUUUCUGAUGACGCUCUGUUUUGUUACUGACGUAAGAUGACGCAUUGCAUACUGACACAGUUUAGCUGUACGAGAUGUUUUUGUCUGUUCGUAGGAUUAAACCAAACAAGAAAGCAA